AUGCCACCACCACCUCCACCUCCGCCACCACCACCACCACCACCACCAGCUCCACCAUUGAUGAAUAAUGCAGGAGCUGCACGUCCAUCAACAGGUGGUGCCGAUCGAAAUGGCUUACUUGGUGAAAUUGGUACUUUUAAAAAAGGUGGUCUAAAAAAGGCGGUAACUAAUGAUCGAAGUGCUCCAAUUGUUGGUAAUUCUAGCAAUAAUAAUCGUGCAGCUGCUUCUUCUCCUACUAGAGAUGCAACUUCAAAUCGAUCAAAUACAAAUGAUAGACCAAAUACUGCUCCUACGGCCGGUUUAUUCAAUAUAACAGCUGAUCAACUUAGUAUAAGAAAUUUAAAACCUACCGGUGCCAAUAGUGGAUCAACAGUAAGAGCUCCAAAAACAGAAAAAGUAUCGAUUCCAGAAAUUCCUUUUGGUACUCCUCAUGUCAUUUCACCACUACCAAGACAGCAACCAACUGUCAAAUCGAUUCCACCAAUUCCUUUUGCUACUCCUCCUGUUCUUUCACCACUACCAGGACAGCAACCAACUGUCAAAUCGAAUCAAUCAUCAACACCACCACCACAACAACAACCAUCGCAAGUUCAACAUUCAAUUAUGAAGCCAUCAACACCUCCUCCUCCUCCGCCGCCACCUCCAUCAUCACCACCAGUUCAACACCCCGUCACUAAACCAUCUACACCUCCUCCUCCUCCACCUCCUCCACCGCCUCAUGUCCCACACUCUGUUGUUAGACCAUCUCAACCAUCAACAUCUUCGUCUGAUGCAUUUCGACCUGGAAAUAGUGGAGGAGCACCAACACGAAAUUUUGUUCAUCACACUCCGCCGACUCAACCAUCGCAUGCACCAAAGAUUCCUCCUCGAGAGCCUCCACCACCACCACCAUCCUCGUCACCAUUACCAACAGGCACUCUAAAUAGAACCGUUCGUGCUGCACCACCGCCACCUCCUCCUUCGCAUCCACCUCCAAACUCAAAUAGAAAUGGUCAAGCGCCAUCCAUAACGCUUAAUCCAGAUAAUGUCGCAAAAUUUAACAAAAUAACAAGUGUAAAUGGCCCUUCUUUUGCUGCACCAUCUCCGCCACCUCCUCCACCUCCUCCUCCACCUAGAGGUUCAACAUCUAAUAAUACACCUGUCGAACAUCGUAGUGAUCAAUGGAACACAGCAGCAAUGGAAUAUGAUUAUAGUUUUGAAAAUCGUUUUCGAUUUACUCCUAUUCAAAAUCUUCCACCACCUGAACAAUGGAAACCACCACCACCACAAGCAAAACCAUUGAAAAAUGUAAAUUCUCAUUAA